CUUUGCGGUGAAGUUAUUUUCCAAGAUGGCGUUAUUGAAAGUUUUUUAUUCUUUCUAGAAUCGAAGCAAUCUAGCAAAACUUACUUCUCGGAUCGUACAAUAGUUUCGAGAGCGCUCAUACCAAAAGUUGUGGUGCGAAAUUUUACGUUAAAAUUGUUUUAAUUUUGAAUGUGUGUUUUUUGUUUGUUUGUUUGUUCAACGUGACUUUAAAUCUUUGAAGUAAAGCAACGCGUAGUGCAUCGGAAGAAGGACGGCUCUUAAGAUAAACAUAAUAAUUAGCAAAAAAUGUCAGAAAAUGGUUUCACACAAAUCUUAACGAGUGGUUGUCUCUACUCGGACUCGGAUUCAAUGGCGGAUGGUGUUCGUCGAUCCCGUCGCCGCGCAUACCAACGACACGAAGAGGAGCACGAACCAAAUUUAAUGGACGAAUCGAAGGAAUUCCCCCAGUAUGAGACAACUUCCGGGGGCGAUGUUCGACACAUGCUGGCUGAACGUGGAGGCGCCUGUAGACGAUUUGAAACAACCGUUACGUCCAAUAAUCGAGACUGGAAUGUGCUGGAUCGGUACAACGACGAGCAGGACGACCGGCACGAUCGUGAACGGUGGCGGACGGGCCAACUGUUCAAGCACGAGAGAAAUAGAUACGGUUCAUCGCGAAGUCCGGGCGUACCCGCUGUCCAGUUAAAAGUUGCCCACCAGGAGCCGAUCUCCAUUCGCCCGAGGAAUAAGAAUCCGCAGAUCGUUAACGUUUGUCAAACGUUUCGCUUCCCGGAUAACUUUAUUACCCAAAACAACGCCACUCGAAUGGUGCAGCAUCAGGAUCGGGUGGUACAUCAGCAGCAUCCCGCAUCGGAACCACGUCGACCGCCAUUACUAUCGCCAUGUCACAGUACCAGUCGCACACCGGUGGGUGGAUUUUUUAGCAUGUACAGACGCCACCGGAACAUGCACAGCCAGACAAGCCGAACGCUGAUCGAGCUAGUGGAGGCUGAGCAAAAGAUGCAGCAGCAGCAAACGGUCAGAUCAACAAUGGGACCACGUGGCACGUCAAACUAUGGUGCGUCCUCGCACCGAUUGGCAGAAGAUUCUCUGCUGGCUUCUAGCGGUAGCGAAACAUCGUUGGACGACCUGAGCGAUGUCCGGCCGAGGUUGCUGCAGGGAGAACGAAAAGCAAAAAUACCUCCGAUCGUUCGGGAACAGCAGCGUGCAGCAAAUGGAGGCCGUACAUCGCAAGUUCCUUACUUUGACCGAACGAAGCGGAACCGAUCGUACACAAAGCUGGUUGAUGGUGGCGCUACGAUGGGUGGCCAUUACGGUCGAAGCACUAAACUACCGGCGUUGGGUGCAGUCGGCAAGUUCAGCAGAUAUCCCGCGAAAUCGAAAGCGGACAAUCGUAGACCGACACUCGAAGAGGACGCACUGGAAUCACCGUUUGUCGAUGAUACGUUCGCGCCAACCGGAGGUCGAAGUAGAAAGUUACAUCUGGUCGACGAUGCUCUCGAUGACGAAGAAGCGUUAGAUGAGGUCGAUGAUGAAUCUGACGUCGAGUCCAGCGACGAACAGCAGAACAAUGACCGUGACGAGUGUAACGGUCAGCUGGAUCUUGACGAUGAAAACGAAGAAGACAAUGAUGAGGAGUCAGUUGGCGAUUCCUUCGGGCGGAGACUAGGACAUGGAACGGAAGCCGUUCGUGCUGGUACCGGUACGAAAGAGGGGCCGGUCAGCAUUUCCGGAAUUGUGGAUAAGCUCCAGGACAACGUGUGGGAGGUUUGCCUGGAGGGCAUCUGGGACCUAAUGGAUACUGCCAGUCGGAUCGAUUGGAAGGCUCAGGAAAAGUACAUCACAGUCAUCAACCGGAAGUUGAUCGAGUUUCUAAAAUCCCCACGAACGGCGCUGUGCCGUUCGGCGUGCCAGGUGUCGGGCGAAUUGUUUCGGCAGGCCAAGUCGACGAAACGGCCAGAGUUUGACGAAAUGGUCGACAUACUGCUGUGCAAGACGGCCGACCCGAAUCGCUUCAUACAGAAGGAUGCAAACGUGGCGCUGGACAAGCUGGUGACGUACAUCCCAACGCCACACACCGUGCGGGCGAUAUCGAACCGGGGCACCAUUUAUCAAUCUCGCAAACCGUUGUCUUACUUUCAUCGUUCUUGCAGCCACCGCAAUCCACUGGUGCGUACGGCUACGGCUCGACUGCUCGUCUGUAUUUGCGUCGUGGCAGGACUCGAUGCCAUUCUGGGUACCACGGCAAACACACGAACGCGCAAAACCAUCCUUACGAUGUUGGCCAAGUUUUUAACUGAUAAAAAUCUGGAAACCAGGAAGUUUGGUGAACGAUUAUAUCGCAUGUUGCGCAAGCACAAGUUUUUUGACGAGUAUUUCUACAAAGAUAUGGAUAACAACUUGCGCACCAAUUUGAAGCGUGCCUUGAAAGGAGUGUAGUAGCGCGAAGGCAUUGACGCGGUGGUUGUUUACAACACUUCGAGUGUUUUAUGUUCAAACUGAAGCAUUAUUACGAUGUAUGUGGCAGAGGCGGCCAGAGUCUGUAAAUCAUAAGAGAAAAUAAACGCUGCCCCUAGGGGGAAAUUGGCCAUUGGUCCUGCUUACCGAGCCGAACAAACUGUAA